CGCGCGGACCGGGCGGCUGUCCGCGCCUGCCGAGCUCCACGGUGGGGGGAGAAAGUGAGGGAGUAAAAGCAACAAGAUAAGAGACAUUUCCUCAAAUUUGCAUCAAGAUGGAAACCUUGUGCCUCAGGGCAUCCUGUUGGCUGGUACUGGUUGGAUGUGUAAUCAGCGAUAAUCCUGAGAGAUACAGUACAAAUCUAAGCCAUCAUGUGGACGAUUUCACCACUUUUCAUGGGACAGAGAUCAGCUUCCUGGUUACUACCCAUCGACCCACUAAUUUGGCCCUGCCCAGCAAUGGCUCAAUGCACAACUAUUGCCCACAGCAGACUAAGAUUACUUCUGCUUUCAAAUACAUUAACACUGUGAUAUCUUGUACUAUUUUCAUCGUGGGAAUGGUGGGGAAUGCAACUCUGCUCAGGAUCAUUUACCAGAACAAGUGUAUGAGGAAUGGCCCCAACGCGCUGAUAGCCAGCCUUGCCCUUGGAGACCUUAUCUAUGUGGUCAUUGAUCUCCCUAUCAAUGUAUUUAAGCUGCUGGCUGGGCGCUGGCCUUUUGAACACAGUGAGUUCGGCGUGUUUCUUUGCAAGCUGUUCCCCUUUUUGCAGAAGUCCUCAGUGGGGAUCACCGUCCUCAAUCUCUGCGCUCUUAGCGUCGACAGGUACAGAGCAGUUGCCUCCUGGAGUCGUGUUCAGGGAAUCGGGAUUCCCUUGGUUACUGCCAUUGAAAUUGUCUCCAUCUGGAUCAUUUCCUUCAUCCUGGCCAUCCCUGAAGCGAUCGGCUUCGUCAUGGUGCCCUUUGAAUACAGGGGUGAACAGCACAAUACCUGUAUGCUCAAUGCCACAUCAAAAUUCAUGGAGUACUACCAAAAUGGAAAGGACUGGUGGCUCUUUGGGUUCUAUUUCUGCAUGCCCUUGGUGUGCACCGCAAUCUUCUACACCCUCAUGACUUGUGAGAUGCUGAACAGAAGGAACGGCAGCUUGAGAAUUGCCCUCAGUGAACAUCUUAAACAGCGUCGAGAAGUGGCAAAAACAGUUUUCUGCUUGGUUGUAAUUUUUGCUCUUUGCUGGUUCCCUCUUCAUUUAAGCCGUAUUUUGAAGAAAACCGUGUAUGAUGAGAUGGACAAGAACCGAUGUGAAUUACUUAGUUUCCUGCUGCUCAUGGACUACAUCGGUAUUAAUUUGGCAACCAUGAAUUCAUGUAUAAACCCAAUAGCUCUGUAUUUUGUGAGCAAGAAAUUUAAAAAUUGUUUCCAGUCGUGCCUCUGCUGCUGCUGUUACCAGUCCAAAAGUCUGAUGACCUCCGUCCCCAUGAACGGAACAAGCAUCCAGUGGAAAAACCACGACCAAAACAACCACAACACAGAGAGGAGCAGCCACAAGGACAGCAUUAACUAACCAUUCUAAGAAACAUUCGUCAAUAUUCUUUUAAAUCCUAUGGGAGGAAAAAAAAAAAUCACACAGCAACUGUCUCCAGAAAUCUCUUCUCCGAUCCGUCUUCCUUAACUCGGUAGAGAAGCAAUGCUUUUCCAAAACAGCAGAAGGGGGACGGUGUAUACCCAGAAAGUCUACAAAUCUUACUUCUUUAAUUUAUCCAGUUUUCAUAUUCUGCAUGUUAUAUUCAGCACUAAAAAAUGGUGGGAGCUGGAGGAGAAUGGUGACUGCUAAAUUCAUCCAGAAGGAUAUUUAGUGCACUUACAUGGAAAUAGAGUUUUCAAGUACAUGACUAGCUUUUAUGGCAGUUCUGUCAAAUGUUCAAUGAGAAUUGGUCACCAAAAAACUUUAGAGACUAUGACAAGAUUUUCUAUUUUUUAAGUGAUUUUUUUUUUUUAGCCAAAUACAAUAUGGGCUUAAGUCAGUUUUAUUUGAAAUACCAUUCAGUGCCAGUAU